UUUAUGUCGGAAAUAGAGGAAAUAAAUUUAGAGUAGACUACAUCUAAGAAUAGAUAAUCGAGACAGUAAGCUUAAAAAGGAAAAACUCGAAAACCAAUUCGGAAAUUCAAAAGAUAGAAUAAUUCCUUCUAAUUCAAAGGUAGGGAUAGAGAAAGAGAUAUACCAAGAUAAAAAGAAUGGAAAUAAUAAUAGAAUAGUGGAAAUGCUCCAGAACUCUAUGAAAUUGAUAUCUACAACUUUUUGGCAAAAAACUAGAUCUCAGAUCUCAUUGUAAUAGAUUGGUUAAUUUUAGAGCGAUAUAAAGACAAGAUGUGGAGAAUUAGUAAAACUUCAUAUCGUCGCAAACAACAUUUAAGAAAAUGAAGCUGAGACGAGAGUAUGAUUUAAUAAUAUAAGCAGGUGAUUCUAAAGGCUUUUUUUAAGGAUAAAAAAUCAGCUGAUGAAUGCUAUUUUUAAUACAGUGAUGCCACUCUAGAUAAGUUGCUUUUAAGAACAGAGCGUAAAUAUUGAUGUAAAUUUAAUAUAUAUAAAAUAAGAG